AUGUCAACUGUACCUUUCACUAGCUAUACCCCACGAGUCGCCAUUAUUACUGGUGGAGCUCAAGGAAUUGGAUACGCUAUCUCUCAAAGACUUGCAGAUGAUGGUAUCGAUGUUGCGGUCAAUGACAUAGCUGCAAAACAAAAAGAGAUUGAUGCUGUUGUUGAAGAGAUACGAAAGAAAGGUCGACGUGCAAUUGCCAUUCCUGGAGACGUGUCUUCUGAGGCAGAUGUAAUCUCCAUGGUCGAGACGGCCAUACGCGAGCUUGGAAGCAUUGACAUUGCGAGGACAAUACAGAUGGUCGCAAACGCUGGUAUUGCGCCGCUUCGCCCGCUCGUCGAGACCCCCGUUGAAAUGUUUGAUUCCGCUAUUGCCGUGAAUGCCCGAGGUGCCUUCUUGUGCUUCAAACACGCGGCUCGGCAAAUGAUAAAGCAAGGUCGUGGAGGAAGGAUGAUUGCUGCAUCCUCGGUAGCAGGCAAGCAAGGAGGGAACAGCAUAGUGUCGUACUCCGCUUCUAAGUUUGCUAUUCGAGGCAUCGCGCAAUCUGCUUCUACCGAAUUACACGAUUAUGGCAUCACAGUUAACACAUACGCGCCCGGAGGCAUUCGCACGCCAAUGCUCCUUGCUGCCGGAGAAGAGGCUGUCAGAAGGGUUUCUGCAACUGCUCAAAUAGGAGUACCCGAGUGCAUUGCAAGUAUCGUAUCAUACCUUGCGAAGCCUGAGUCAUAUUUCGGCAAAGCAUCACCGUUGAUGGAGGAACAACACGUUUUGAUUAAGAACUACCAGCCGUUAGGGAAGACCAAGAAGAAACGGUUGAGGCUGGAGAUGCUCUCAUUUAGUCGUUCGUUUUCUGUUAAUAAUACAGCAUCUUCAUUUGCUUUCUCGUUUGCUAUGCCACCAUGUUGA